AUGUUUCGGCUGUACAACCUUAUUCUCUUGUUACUUCCCUUCUCAUCGCAUGCGUUAGAAUGUGCAUGUCGUGGAUAUGCUGAAUGUGAAAAUUUUCUUGACGCUGCGCCUGCUGGAAAAUGCUCAGGUAGUUACUGUUUUGUUGCACGUCGCACUCCUGAAGAACCUCCAAUUCGACAAGGAUGUAUAGAUACUCAUCAAGACGUUUCAACUGUUUCGAAGUGUGUGCGGAAUAGAAGAGGAGCGGUCUUUUGUGUUUGCAACACUGAUAAUUGUAAUGGUGCUGACCAUGAGAUGACAGAUAUCACAGAUCUUCCAACUAUUUUUUGUCAUGUUAUCAACGAUGACAUGGAUGCUUCUGUUGGACGUACAUGUGUGAGCCAUUCAUGCUACCAAACACAAGCAUUAAGAGUUGUUGAGUUCAAUGAUCUACGUCAAACUUCAAUGGAGUAUGGAUGUACAACCCCCCUGUAUUAUGAUUCCUCACUAAGAAUUAUGAGAGGGCCUUUAGAUUUUGCCGAUGAUUAUCAGUACUUCAUUCAAUCCACACAAAUAAUCGUAGAAUCUGGCAGAAUUUGCUCCACUAACUUGUGUAAUAAGCCAGCCCACAUUUAUGUGCAAAUGGGAGAUGUGUUAUGCUAUGUGCAUAAUGGGAGAGACGCCCCAGACAUGAGAAAUAUGCUUUACGCAUUCACCGCGGUGGGGAAGAUCUAUCAGAGGAUGUAUCUCAUCUACUAUAAAUUCAGAACUAUUUCUGCAAGCAGACGGAAAACAUAA